GUUCUCAUCAUUCCACAUUUACACAAAUCACAAUCUCCAAUAUUCUCAGAAUUCUCUUCCUUCUCUAUCAAUCCUUCUGUUGUUUGAUUUCUUAUUCUUGCAAUAUAAUUGUGCCUAUAAGCCAUGGGUAUACGCUUGCCUGGAUUGGUUCAUGCCAAGAUGAUUCUUCGACGUUCUUUUCUUACUGCAAAUCAAUCAACUUCUGCAGCAACAGAUGUCCCCAAAGGCCACCUGGCUGUUUAUAUUGGAGAGACGACCCAGAAGAAACGGUUCGUGGUUCCCAUAUCCUAUUUGAACCACCCUUCAUUCCAAUCCUUGCUUACUCGCGCUGAAGAAGAGUUCGGAUUUGAUCAUCCAAUGGGUGCUCUGACAAUCCCUUGCCAAGAAGAAGCCUUCAUUCGUCUCACAUCCUGUUUGAACGGUUCUUGACAACUAUUUAAGGAUCAAGGAAGACAGCUAAAACUGAAGUCUGGCCAAGAAAUGGCCAAUUACAUGUAAAUAUAUUUUUUUUUCUUGCAGAAGAGAGUUGAGGAAGAAAAAAAAAAAGAGAUUUCUUCCUCUAUAUAUAUGAACAAUUUUCAAUACAAAAUUUUCUUCU